CACUCAAACUACAUAAGCUCAAAACAAUCUCGAUCAGUUCACAGUCUAGCAAAGAAAUUAUGAAGGGAAUAAUGAUAUUCGUGUUGGCUGUUAUAGCCAUGGUUCAGUUCAUGGUGAUGCCAGGAGAGUCCGUGAGGCUAAGUUGUGGGCAGGUGAACUCGCUCAUGGCAGGUUGCCUCCCUUACUUGACAGGAGCGACGAAUAAUCCAUCAGCUGUAUGUUGUUCUGGGACGAAGAAUUUGCAGGGCCUUGCUGAAACCACCGCUGACAAGAGAGCUGCAUGCAACUGUCUUAAGACAGCCGCCAUUAAUAACCCAAAUAUAAGGCAAGAUACUGCUUCCAACCUCCCAAGCAAGUGUGGUGUUCCUUUGAACAUUCCCAUCAGGAAAGACAUCGACUGUAGUAGCAUCAAUAUGAUGGAGGACUAAGAGAAGAAAGAAAUAAUAAAGGCACACAAGUGUCUUGGCAUCCUAGCCUUAUAAAUAAAUAAAAGGAUGUUACUACUGUGUGUCCUGCUAGGGCACACUUCUUUGUUCCUUCGUUUGAUAAUAUUGUAACUGUGAUAAUUACAUAUGUAUGAAAACCUGUUUUCUACAA